CGCCGUGUUAGUGGAGGCGGCGCGAGAAGCUCCACUCAGUCCCGUGUUGGCAGUGUGUUCGGCAAGGCAACCGUGAUCGUGUACCGCCGCGCCCUGCCUGCUGCUGCUGCCCCGCCCGCCAGCCGCCGCCCGCCCCGCCGCAGCGCUCACCCGCUCACCCACCCUCCGCGCCCUUCUCACCCUACUCCUCCCGCACCCCAACGCACGUGGACCGGAACACGGACACUUAAACAUACCAAGUUCACGGACUACUGCUGCUGCUACUACUGCGAAUACUACGUACUUCUAAAUCGCUCACCCUCCCGCGGCAUGAGGAGGAGAUGAGGGUGAGAGAAACCCGUGGGCGUCUGUCCAGUAGAGGUACCACCCACGCCACGCCCACCACCAAGCCAGCCACGCCCACAGGAGACAUCCUUUAGCACCACCACCACCACCACCACCACUAUGGGUCUCACCACCAUCACCACUACCACUACUACUACCAUCCGCCGGUUCUCCACCUCCAUUUCUUCCAUGAUGGUUCUUAUCCUCCUCGUUCUUCUCCUCGGCACGUGGGCGGAGGCGAGACGCGACUACACGACGAAGAGAGUAGACGGAAGCAACGCUGUGGUGGAGGUCGAGGGCGGUGGAGGCGGAGGCGGAGGGGGAGGCAGAGGCAAGGAGUGUGAUCCUCGACACCUGCAGAAGUGCAUGAAGAGGCUGGAGGCGAUUAACGAGGACCACAACUUGGCCUUCGCUUCCACUGAGCCUGAGCUGGACCAGAUGUGCCACACGAUGGGGUCCGGCCUGAACUGCGUCAAGAGCCACAUCUCCCGCUGCUUCAAGGUGUCCCGGCAGCAGCUCAUCUACCAGCUCCUCACAGGCACCGAGGACGUUAUCCACAGCCUCUGCAUGCCCGGCAACUUCAGGGACCAGUACCUGCAACACUCCCCGUGCAUGAAGAACCUAAGCGUGGACCCCCAGGUGUGCGGCAAGCAGUACCACCGCCUCAUCAACUCCGUGGACCCCGCGGAGAAGCUUGAGUUUGAGGACUCCAUCAGGCAGCAGUGUUGCGCCUUCCACAACUAUCUGCUGUGCGUGACGACAGCAGCGGAGCGGGAGUGCAGCAGUGAGGCGUCCUACUUCAUUGAGGAGUAUUCCUACCGCACAGCAAGGCCGAUCAUACAGACGCGGUGCAAGGUAUAUGUGCCGGGCAGCCUGGAGUGCACAUACAGCUCCGCCGCCCUCAGCCGCGCCGCCUCGUUCUUCCACCUCUCCUUACUGAUGGCCGUGCCCCUGCUCCUCACCACCCACUUCCCGCUCCUCUACCACCUCAUCUAGCUCUCUCUCUCUCUCUCUCUCUCUCUCUCUCUCUCUCUCUCUCUCUCUCUCUCUCUCUCUCUCUCUCUCUCAUCACGACCGCAAAUAAAACUCAGCACCUCUCCCGUAGCGCCUCAGCAGUAAGUCAGCCAGUAAGCCAGCAAGUCAGCUAGUCUCAUCUCUAGAUCCUCCACGGCGCCUUAUGACCCCGUUGCUACGAUGCCCUGGUCCAGUCAAGCCAUUAAUUAACCAAUCAAUCAACCCUACCUACUAAAGAUCCUUCACCUGUCGCUCUUAUCCACUACAGAUAAAUUUGUUAGUGUCUACCCUAAAAUAUCCUUACACCCACAUCCCCCCCCCUAUCCCUCCGUUUUCUUUGACACCUGCUCUGCCAAAGGAUAUUAUAAUCACUGGACUGCGGGCAUAAGGAUGUACUUCAGUGGUGAAUGGUGGUGCUACGGGUGAAGGAAGUUGUGAUGUAAAUGGUGUCAUGAUGAAAAGAUGGUGUUGCAACUUACAUAGUGAUUAAUGUGCUUGUUGACUGGAAUUUUGUGAGUAAACACGGCUUCGACUGCGUUUGUUUCUGUGCUUCAGUGCGAGUGAGUCUUUCCUCCCUCCCUCCCUCCCUCCCUCAAACGCGGCGUCAGGCAAACUGUUCACGGUUUCACUCCACAAACGCUCAUUGGACCCAUGAGAUGCGGAGGAAAAUUUAACACGAACUCAGAAAAUUGUGUUGCUAAUAGUAAAUCAGAAAAUAAAUUGUCACAACACACGAAUCCAAGAUGACCCAAGGAAGAAUGCCAGGCACGUGACGAGUAAAUGUAUGAAAAUCUGUCUUUAAUGAAACUAAAAACACUAGUGGCCGCUGCUCGUCAGUCAGCCUGCCUCCCUAUAACACGUGUGGCUGCGUGUGUACGGGUGAAGUAACGAGCAUGUGUGUACGUAUGUGUGUGCGCGUAUAACCACCAAUAUACCCCUACGGUGAUUUUUAGAAAUUACGAAUCCAAAGCAAUAUGAAGAGAUUGUUAACAGGAUUUCUUUCCUUUUUUUUUUUCUUUUCAAAAAUCACAGCAGCUUACUUAUUAGGAAGUCAAGAGAAGCAGACCCCUCGACUAGGAGAUAAUGACGGAAGGCUGCGUUAGCUGUGUACCUAAGCGUCAUCAUCCCAGACAUCUUCGAUUGGUCAAUAAUGUAAUCUGACGUGAAGGCCUUAGCCGGGGAGCUCUGCCGCCUCUUCUUCCUCUGUACGAGACACGGCUAUCUUUGAAAGUCUACCAGGAAUAUAACCCUUUACAAUAUCAAAAACACUGCUUUGGAUCCAUAAUUCCUAACAAUGUGCCGCCGUCCCAUCCCUCUGUAAAGCCCCGCCCACCUGCUGCAGCCACCAGUGAGCUACCCACACUCCUGACACACCUGAAAACACGGCCAUGUAAGAUAAACAAAAACAAAUAAACAAACGAACACUGAGAAACAUAAGCUUACCUUGGACACUUGACCGUACUUGGCGCGCCUUCAGGAAACUCUCGGCAAGCACUACACAAGGGAAAUCAGAUUAAACGCGCGGAGUCAGCCCACCACUCCUCUUCCCGCCACGUGCGCCUCGGUCAAACCCACAACACGUUGCUUCGCCUCCAAGACUGACAGACAGAUUGCGGCCUUCCUGUCUCCUCUUCUCUUGCUAAAUUCGCGUCGCUAAUUCAGAUUUCUGCUUUUACUCCUAUGUUAGUGAGGGAGUUUUCUAUAUGAUUUUGUCACUGUGGAUUUGUCUCACUGUUUAGAUGACUCACUAUGUAUGAAAAGAUGAUAAUGUAUUGUAACCUCCCAUCAUCCUCUCAGUGCUCAGCUUCGCAGACGUAUCGACUUUCGUCACUGAGGAGCAAAUAAAAGAGCUACAUAGGGAGAGAGAUAAUAAUGUAUGCGUAGUGAUGUAAAUUAACCAAGAAGUGUAAUAAAGAUAAUAACCAAGAAAUGUGUUAGUAAUUGUUUCAUAUAUAUACUGACUGCCUAUGUAUAUACACGGUUGAGAAUAUUACGAGAAAAUACGAAACGAAGACUAUUCAACGUAUAUCAAUGGUUAUUUGUUGGAAAGGAAAUAAUAAGGAUUGAAAUUAUGUAAAAAAAAUAAAAAGAAGAAGCAAAUAUAGUUAAAGAAAUAAAAAUGUUAGUAAAUAAUAAUCAUAUCAAGUGGGGAAGUUGUAUAUAAUGUUAAUUGUAUGUAAAUUGUUGUGAUGUUGAUGAGUGAAUGAAUUAUAUAAAGAAAUGUGUGUGUGUGUGUGUGUGUGUGUGUGUGUGUGUGUGUAUACAUCAGUUCCUUUAUUGUGAUUCACGAGUUCUAUCUCAAAAAGGCCUGCUACACUUAUUUCCUUCCUUCCUUUUUCUUCUUUCUCUCCUUCUUUCAUUCAUUCCUUUCCAUUCAUUCAUUUCUUCCAUCCUCCUCUCCUCCCUUUCUUCCUUCCAUCCUUCCUCUCAUUUUCCAUUCCUCCCGUUUUUACCUGCCUUCCUCUUUUUCUCCUCAUCCUCCCUUCCCUCCUUUCCUUCCCUCACUUCCUUCCCACCCCCGCUCCCAGCACCUUCACAACUAGCGAGUUAGGACCUCUGUAAACUCUUGCAAGUCACUCACUGUAUCAUUAUAUCAAUAAAGUAAAUCAAGUGUA